AUGUGUGGGCUAAAAGUGGCAGACCCGAAAGAUAACGACGCCACAAAAUCAUCAGAGGCCAGGGAAGAUGACCGUACGACGACGACGUCGGAGUUUGACCAUUGGAUGUACCUUCUCGCUCCGGAGGACAGGGACGCCGCCACGGCAUCUCUGUUUCCUGGUCUGACCAGACAGAUGGAGAUGUCGGCGAUUGUGUCGGCUCUCACCCACGUAGUCGCCGGAAAUGCCCCCAGUUAUCAUAUUCCGGCGGCCGAGGCGGUGGUGUCCGGUGGCGGUGGAGAAGGGACUUCCGGUUGCCGCCACUGUCUCGAUAACUUCCCCGCCACUGUCUCGAUAACGGCAGUUACGGCCGGUGAGUACUGGUCGGUGGCCGGCGGCGGUGCAAGAGGUGGGGAAGCUUCGAGCAACAUAUCGGCAGCGACAGGUCCGUUAUACGAGUACUCAACGGCAGUAGCCAGUGAAACGUCAUCGUACAGUGAGGACCAGCCGAAGAGAAAGUACAGAGGAGUGAGGCAAAGGCCGUGGGGGAAAUGGGCGGCCGAGAUUCGCGACCCGUUCAAGGCGGUUAGGGUCUGGCUCGGCACUUUCGACACCGCCGAAGCGGCCGCUAGAGCUUACGACGAAGCCGCUCUACGGUUCAGAGGCAACAAGGCUAAACUCAACUUCCCCGAGAACGUAAAGCUCGUCAGUCCCGCGGCUCCACUGCCUGAAACAGCAGUUCCAAGGCCAACCUAUUCGAGUAUUUCGGGAUCCGGAACUGCCUUUUUGCCCAUUCAGCCUGGUCCCGAUCCGAUGAGAGACAGUGGGUCGGGGAGCUACGUUGCGAACUAUUCUGAGAUGAUUCAUACUGGUUACCACCAAUCCAUGAGUUCGUAUGAUCACCCGAUGAUGUUCUCGUCCUCUGUUCCGCAAGCCGGAGUAGUGCCAAUGCGAUCCUCGGGUUUAUCUCAUUCGUCCUUACCACUUGUUUCACCGUCCACCGUCUCUUCUCAUUCAUCGUCCUCCUCAUCAACUACUCUUCCGUUUUUUCCGGCGGCACAUAAACCGGAAACUGCGAGCAGAAGUGGCGACUCAUAUUUGUUGGAGCCACCGUGGUCAGACGACAGGAAACAUGACCAUAGUUCAUCAGGAUGAUGUUGAUUAUGGUGUUAGG